CUUUUUUUUCUGAGGAUGUCUGGUUCUCGCAAAGAGUUUGAUGUGAAGCAGAUUUUAAAAAUCAGAUGGAGAUGGUUUGGCCAUCAGGCAUCAUCUCCUAAUUCUACCAUUGACAGCCAGCAGGGAGAUUUCUGGAAUCGAGAACAAACCGGAACAAAUGGUGAUAGAAAGUUUUUAGAUCCAUGUAGUCUACAGUUACCAUUGGCUUCAAUUGGUUACCGAAGGUCCAGCCAACUAGAUUUUCAGAAUUCACCUUCUUGGCCAAUGGCAUCUACCUCUGAAGUCCCUGCAUUUGAGUUUACAGCUGAAGAUUGUGAAGGUGCACAUUGGCUUGAUAGACCAGAAGUAGAUGAUGGAACUAGUGAAGAAGAAAAUGAAUCUGACACCAGUUCAUGCAGGACCUCUAAUAGCAGUCAGACAUUGUCAUCUUGCCAUAAUAUGGAGCCGUGUUCCUCAGAUGAGUUCUUCCAUGCCCUUAACCAUGCUGAACAAACAUUUAAAAAGAUGGAAAACUACUUGAGACACAAGCAAUUGUGUGAUGUGAUUUUAGUUGCUGGUGAUCGAAGGAUUCCAGCUCACAGAUUGGUACUCUCUGCUGUCUCUGAUUAUUUUGCUGCCAUGUUUACUAAUGAUGUAAGAGAAGCAAGACAAGAAGAAAUCAAAAUGGAAGGUGUAGAACCAAAUUCACUUUGGGCUUUGGUUCAGUAUGCAUAUACAGGUCGUCUUGAAUUAAAGGAAGAUAAUAUUGAGUGCCUGUUAUCUACAGCUUGCCUUCUUCAGCUCUCUCAGGUUGUAGAAGCAUGUUGCAAGUUCUUAAUGAAACAGCUUCAUCCAUCCAACUGCCUUGGAAUUCGUUCUUUUGCUGAUGCACAGGGUUGUACAGACUUGCACAAAGUGGCUCACAAUUAUACUAUGGAACAUUUCAUGGAAGUAAUUAGAAACCAAGAAUUUGUUUUAUUACCAGCUAGUGAAAUUUCAAAGCUCUUGGCAAGUGAUGAUAUGAAUAUUCCUAAUGAAGAAACAAUACUAAAUGCCCUCCUUACAUGGGUCCGUCAUGAUUUAGAGCAGAGACGUAAAGAUCUUAGUAAACUUUUGGCUUACAUUAGGCUCCCUCUUCUUGCUCCACAGUUCCUUGCUGACAUGGAAAAUAAUGCACUCUUUCGGGAUGAUAUUGAAUGUCAGAAACUUAUUAUGGAAGCAAUGAAAUACCAUUUGUUGCCAGAGAGACGACCCAUGUUACAAAGUCCUCGCACAAAACCUAGAAAGUCAACUGUUGGCACAUUAUUUGCAGUUGGAGGAAUGGAUUCAACUAAAGGAGCAACAAGCAUUGAAAAAUAUGAUCUCCGAACAAACAUGUGGACUCCAGUAGCUAAUAUGAAUGGACGGAGAUUACAGUUUGGUGUUGCGGUUUUGGAUGACAAGCUGUAUGUUGUUGGUGGUAGAGAUGGACUGAAGACUUUGAACACUGUAGAGUGUUACAAUCCCAAAACAAAAACUUGGAGUGUCAUGCCACCCAUGUCCACACACCGGCAUGGCCUUGGUGUGGCUGUAUUGGAAGGUCCUAUGUAUGCUAUAGGUGGGCAUGAUGGCUGGAGCUACCUAAAUACAGUGGAGAGGUGGGACCCUCAGGCUCGUCAGUGGAAUUUUGUUGCUAGUAUGUCCACACCCAGGAGCACAGUUGGUGUAGCAGUAUUAAGUGGAAAACUGUAUGCAGUUGGGGGUCGUGAUGGAAGUUCUUGUCUCAAAUCUGUAGAAUGCUUUGAUCCACAUACUAAUAAAUGGACACUUUGUGCACAAAUGUCAAAAAGAAGAGGUGGAGUAGGAGUGACUACCUGGAAUGGAUUAUUGUAUGCUAUUGGAGGACAUGAUGCUCCAGCAUCCAACUUGACUUCCAGACUAUCAGAUUGUGUUGAAAGAUAUGAUCCUAAAACUGAUAUGUGGACUGCGGUUGCAUCUAUGAGCAUUAGCAGAGAUGCAGUUGGAGUUUGUUUACUUGGUGAUAAGUUGUAUGCAGUUGGAGGAUAUGAUGGCCAAGCUUACCUUAACACAGUAGAGGCCUAUGAUCCCCAAACAAAUGAGUGGACACAGAAGCAGAAGAUCAGGAAUGAAGGGAUUGGCAUAUGGUUGGGCCUGGAUAGGGGCUGAGAAGGACUGUGACAAUAGAAGUGAAGGUCAAUGGAGGUACAUUGAAGGAAAUAAUGCUGGACCAAUUCUGACAAAUAUUUGGAAAAGGAAGUUUGAGAGGGAAUUUUAUCCAUUGAUAUUUUCUGUUCCUCUUUUCUUUUCACCCUGGAAAUGUUUAAGUACAAAUGAGAAAACCAUGAAAUAUUUUGAAGACACGGAUACUUUUGUUAUGUACCAGUACUAAGUUAUAAGAAAAUUGGAAAUAGAUUAUAUUAUUUAUAGGUGGUUUUAUACUGCCUUUUGUUAAUCAAGGGUAAUCAUAGUUCCAAGCUUCAUGGCCAUUUAUUGUACCCAGUGCAAGGCUACCAUAAAAAAAAAAAAACCUUCAUCCCUAAUGAGUAUAAGAAGAUAUUGAAAUCUGAAGAGGGAAAACUGAAAGCUUUGAGAUCACUGAAAAUUUACUUAAUGUAAAUUCCAGAAAUUGUUCCUAAUAACAAAACAGAUAACAAACCAACACAAUCAAACACAAUCCAAAUUAAAAUAAUUCUGAAAAUCACUUUUUGAUCCUUGACAGCAUGAGUCCAAAUGUACCAAAACAUCAUAAUUCAGAAAAGGCUGUACAUACUAUAUCAUCUCAUAGUUGUUAGCAAAAUAUGCAAAAAUAAUUCCAGAACUGGUAUACAGAUGUAUAUAUAAUCAACCAUUGCCAUGAAAGACAGAGCUAUAAAAAAGUCCCAUAAGGAGAAACAUCAAACACCAUAAACACAGAAGUGGUUUUUUUAAGAGAUUUUUUUUUAAUUCUCCAGAAAAGUACAUUGGAAUAUAGUUGGUAUAUUCAGUGAAAAAACUAGAAAGCCAUAUUACCCAAUAAAGGCAACAAAAAGGAAAUCCAGAAAACAGAAGCAUAUUAGAAAUUCCAGGCUCCCUUAAGCAGAAAUUAAUGGUAAAAGGGGGGCAACUGGGUAGCUCAGUGGAUUGAGAGCCAAGCCUAGAGACGGGAGGUCCUAGGUUCAAAUCUGGUGUUUUUAAUAAAAAAAGAAAUUGAUAAAAGUCAUAAAUUGAUUCUAUAUAGGAAUCAAAAGAGUACAAACAAGAAAAUAAAUGACAUUAAUUAGACUUUCCUACAGAGGCUUCAGAAGAAAAAAGAACCACCUGAGAAGGAGGAUGUAGAAAAUUCUGGUCAUCCAUCUACCUGCAAAAAGCCCAAUAUGACAAAACUUGGAUCACACUAUUUAUUAAUGAGGGAAGUGACUGAAACUUUAGCUUCUCAGUGGAAAAAAAGGCUAGAAAUGAUUGAGAAUGAAUGAUUUCAAACAUUCAAUGACACAUAAAUUAUUAGAAAAGCACUUAGCAAUUUUCUUUAAAAUACAAGCCUUAUCCUGCCUUUAUUCACCAAAAGAAUCAAAACCCCUCCAAAUAUAUAAAAUGUUCCUUCAGCUUAUGGAAUAUCAUUCAAACUCUAUAAAUGUAAAAUUCUUAAUAAUGUGCUGAGAAAAGAUGAAGAAUGAUUUAAGCUUGAGUCUAGCUAGAAGUCAUAUUGGAAAAGAUAUCAAAGAGGAAAUUAUAUCUGAAUAUGUUGAGACUUCUUGACACUCUGAAAUUAAAGUUGAAUGGGAAGAACAUAUUCAAAACAAUUAGCAUUUACACAAUAUAUAUAUAUGUAUAUGUAUAUGCUUUUGGAACUAUGAAUUAAAGAGUAACAACUUUAGAAAUUUUGCUAACAAAAGUUCCUACAUACAAUAUUAAAGAAAUUGGAGGCUUAUCACCCAAAAACAGAUAUCAAGACUGAUACUGUUUUGCCAAAAAGUAGCAAGAGGACUGUGAACAUUCUUAAAAGCUCAUAGUAAACCAGUAAAAAAAUCUACCAAAAAAAAAAUACUUUUAGAACAAGCAGACAUCACUUCAUUGAGCAAUAGUAAAUGUUGAUAAAAGUAUGUACCACUGGAUUUAUCAAACAAAAUUGAAAAUGAUUUUCUUCAAACAUAGAACAAAGUUCCAAUAAGAGAAUCAAAAGUCCCCAUUAAACUCAGUCAACAAUAUGUUGACAAUCCAACAAUGAGGAAAUAGAUGAGUUGUGAAUUUAUUUGCAAAAAGAGAACUUUGUAAUGGCAAAUCAGGACUAUGUUAAUGUCAUAAAAUGUUAGAAAAAUGUUAGAAAAUCUUAGAGUUCACACAAUGACCUAUAUUAAAUUAUGGCAGAAAAUGAUAAAAUCAUGCAACAUAUCACUUGAACGGCUAUAAAAAUUUACCUAACAAGAUGUGACUUGGUGGCUAUAAUACAUCCAAAAGUCACAAUAUUUCUUGCACUGGUAAUUGAGAAUUUCCCAUAUUACAAAUAAAGAAUUCAAAAUAUCCUGGAGAUUUCAGCCAAUAACUGUCCUGGAACUGGACCAUUACCACAGACUAUAACUAUUUCCCUAUGUGAGGAUUUAUUUUUUACAUACUAUAAUAUUUUUAUGGAUGUGCAAAGCCUCAACUGUCAUUAAAGUUGUCUUGGAAUGUUCAAGGGAGGAGCUGAAUAUUGAUUUCCCCAAAGUAUAUAUAUGUACCUGGGCCAGGAGUUCCCAUUUGUCUUUUGAUGAUCAAGAAAGUCAUUUGACCACAGUUAGGAUGUCUUGGUCAAUCAAUUAAUAAAUCAGUCUCUCGAGAUCAUUUUAGUUGCUACACUCAAAUAGCAUUGAUCUGAUUUUUUUCUUUUUAAAUAAAUAGAUGUUGCCACUCCAGAUGUUCAUAAUCUCCAGUCUUCAUGAAACAAAAAUAUUUGAAAGUAAAGAUAUAUAGCAAAAAAAAAAAUCCUGUGAGAAUAGGCUGAGGUACCCUGAAAAAUGCUUGCAGUGAUCCAAUAUUAAUAUUUUUAUUCAGCUGCAAACGUAGCUUGUGGGGUUUUCCUUAAUGGACUUCCCUGACCAGCAGGGUCCCACAAGGGAAGGGGCUCACUCUUUGUGAUGGGACCGAGGAGAGGUAGGAACCGAGAACCAGGGUGGAGAAUGAAAGACACAGACAAGUCAGUGGUUGGAUAGGGCAGGCAAUCCCUAUGAUACUCCCUUUGAUAGGAAAGUAUGAGUACAAAGGAACAGGAGGUGGAGGAGGAGAUUAAGAUAGGGAAUGCAGGCCAAGAUGGUUACAGCCUCGGGGAAGGAGAAGGUCAAGAGGAGAGAGAGAUAUAGUCAUUGAGGAGCCCAGUGGAGCUCCAUGGAAGGGGAGAAAGGCUAAGAAGAAGUUCAUGGGAUUGCCUCUGAAUUUAAUCCUGUCCUGCUUGGGGGGUACUCCCAAGCACGUAGUAACCACAUCACUAAGUAUAGACAAUUAAGAUUGGGUGGCAAGGUAGAGGGAGCACCUUUGGGCGUGCAGAUUGCAAACCGUGCUUUCCCGGGGAAUUGAGUCCGAGCAUGUUAAUGAGUUUGUCUUAGCCAAGGGCCACAUGGUCAAUUCAAGGUUACAUUCACAAGCCUCAUUGGUAUAACCUUAUACAGUCAUUUAUAUUUCAUAGGUGUGAAUAUGCUUGGGAUGCUACAUAGCUCUUUUAUCCUCCUGUGUGACAAGUCUGUAGAGCAUUAAAUAUAAAAGAAUAAUAAUUGGAGAGAAGCAACUUUUCCUAGAACCAUUUCUAUUUAAUAAUAAAGAGAUAGUGCAAAUAGUAUUUAUUAUCUGCAUUUUAUAGAAAGAUCAAAGUCAUACAAGUUGUAUCAGAGCCAGCAUUGGAAUCCUAUUGUGCUCAGAUUCCAAGCCUAGACUGAUUACAUAUGGGGGACAAUGCACAUUUGAGGAGGCUUUCCGUAGGAAUAAGGGCCAUUUAAGGAGAAAGGAAUAUCAGAAUAUAUGGGGGAAAUGCCACAGAAAACAGAGUUUUUCAGAGAUUUGGAUUUACUCGAGUACAUGCCACAACUGAGAAGAAAGCUAUCAAGGUUUGAUGAUUUGGACUUGGUCAGUGGAAGGAAGUUAAAAAAUGAGUAAGUAAUGAGUAUUUACAGCCAGAGUAUAAAUUUUUUGUAAUGAAAGGAAAGGGAGGCAGCUAGGGGCUACAAAUAUCAAGAUUAUGUGACUAUUGUUUCAUUCAUAUGAUGGACUGUAUAAAACACCAAAUAAGUGAUUUUUUUUUUAAACUUAAAAUCACUCCAUUCCCUCAUAGCUCUGGCUACAGAAGAAAAUGAGGACAUUACUACACAUUAAACUUUCCAGAUAGUUGCCAUGACAACCUUUGAAAUUGAAGACAAUUAUAUGUUGAGUUGGACAUUUGGAGCACUGAUUGUAGACAUUUAGGGCAACUCUUGAAUUAUGGUAAUCACAAAUAGCUGAUUGCUCAAGGAAUAAAAUUACUAAAUCACAUGUUUGAGUUUAAAAGCUCUCCAUUGAAAUAUUUUUGUAGCUUAUUUUUUUAAAAAGAUACAGAUUUGUAUGUAAUAAUUACACACAUACUUCUGUAUUGUGUACUCAUCUUAUAAAAUCUUCUCACCAGUACCUUUGGAGGAAGAAUAAAUGAGAUAUUUCCUAAUUAAAGACUGUUAACCUUUUAAAAAUAUGAUUAGGCUUUUGUCCUAAGGAGCUUAAAGAAGUACACACAAAACAAUGUCUGGUUUACUCUGUGCAAAGCAAUCUCUUAAAAAAAUUAUUGUUGCCCCCACAUCAUGUCUUCCACUACCAACUUCCUACAGAGUUGGGACUUGAAAUUCUGAUAAUUGUACCAUUUGGUUAAUUAAUAAUAGGUACUCAAUGGGGAUGAAAUUUCUGCAUAUUUACAGUAAUUUUAAGUAAACCUAUUUGUUUCAAAUUAAAACAACUUUGAAAAUGUGUGUUUUAUAUCUACAGAAAUGUCAUUAUAGCAUCAUGGGUUUAGAUUUACAUCUGAAAGACUGCUGGUCCUCCCUGCUCAUUUUCCCCCUUUUAUUAUUUAGAAUAUUUUUCCAAGAUCCAUUAUCCUCCCUUCUCCCCUCCAGAAUCUAACAAGCAGUUCCACUGGGUUAUGCAUGUAUCACACUGUUCAAAACCUAUUUCCAUGUUAUUCAUAUCUUCAGAAGAGUGACCUUUUAACCUCAAAACCCCAAUCAUAUUCUUAUCACAUUAUGUGAUCAUUCACAUUUCUAAUGCAUUUCCAUUCCCACAGUUCUUUCUCUGGAUGUGGAUAGCUUCUUUCUCAUAAGUCCCUUCAAAUAGUUCUGGAUCACUGCAUGGCCACUACAUUACAUUCGAUUGUACCACAGUGUAUCAGUCUCUGUGUACAAUGUUUUCCUGGUUCUCCUCUCGCUCUGCAUCACUUUCUGGAGGUUGUUCCAGUCUCCAUGGAAUUCCUCCACUUUAUUAUUCCUUUGAGCAUAAUAGUGUUCCAUCACCAUCAGAUACCACCUCCUCAUUUUACAUAAGAGAAAACUGAAACACAGAGUUUGUGACUUACCCACUGUCACAUAGACCUUAUAUCAGAGCCUUAAACCUCUAAGCCCUUGACCUGGAAUCAGUAUUUUUUGUACUAUGACAUAGUAUCUGUAGACUCUGGAAAAAGACUCAGGACAGAGAAGAUACUCAAUGUAACUUAAGUCUUGUAAAAAUUGAUGUGUCUUAAAAGCUUUGGUAUGUAUACUAGGAGAUAUGGAAAUCCCUGCAUUUUGUAUGCUCAGUUAUCUAAAUAUGCAAUUGUUACUUGCUGGCCAGUAUUGGAUAAUAAAUGCUCAGUCAUUCUUAACAAGCUACAAAUAAAAUUUCUUUCAGGAAUUUCUUCCUUUUCUAAUUGCAAUAUACCCUCUUGCUAAAAUGUGCACAAUUCCACACUAAUCAGUUGUAUAUAAAGAAAACAUAUGGUAAAUAAACUCUAAACUACUCAAAAAGGAAAUCACCUUUCAGGGAAGGCAUGAAAUAAUUGUGUGAUACCCAAAUCUAAUUAUGACCCAUUAAGACAUAAGCCCCUUGAGCAAGGACUAUUUCUUGCCUUUCUUUGCAUCUCCCAAACUUAACUUAAAGUUACUGACAUGUAUUAUAAGCACUGAAUAAAUGCUUUACAGAAAUGUUAUAUUGUGACAUUUUUACUCACUUAAGAUGUAUUGUCA